UAAUUGCGAUAGUAAUUAUUAUGAAGAUUAUGAUGUUUUAUCUGAAACUGCCGAUUCUAAUGAGCUUCCGAACCAACCACACAAUUCUUCAAGUAGAUCAAAUUCUCCAUCUAGCAAUGAUUCGUUUAUCGGUAAAUCAAAAAUUCUGAAAUUUCUUCGAAGUUGGAGUUUGAAGCAUAAUAUAACGCAUGAAGCCAUUUCAGACUUAUUGGCAGGACUGAAAGAGAAUCAUAAGUGUUUUGGCGAUAGCGAGUCAGAGAUCAGAUUUCCGGUCAAUGCACGCACAUUACUCAAAACAAGCGUAAACUUAAUUAAAAAAGUUGUCGAUCCCGGCUUUUAUAUUCACUUUGGUUUAAAAAAACAGUUAUCAAAAAUUGCUUCCAAAUAUUUCAAAAAUGUACAAUCGUUUCAGUUGUUAAUUAAUAUUGACGGAUUACNUCUUUUCAAAAGCUCAUCAGAUCAAGUGUACCCUAUAUUAUGUAGUAUAGUUUCNAUACCAGAACUGCGUAAAAAUGUUUUUCCUAUAGGAAUAUAUUGUGGUAAAGACAAACCAAACAAUUUGAAAGACUACUUAGAGGACUUUGUUUCUGAAAUUAAUAGCAUCAAAGAGNAUGGCCUACAGUUUGACAAUCAUGUUGCGCAGUUACGUAAUAUUUAUUUUGUAUGCGAUGCUCCAGCAAAAAGUUUUAUAAUGGGAACAACAUCACAUACAGGUUUUUAUUCGUGUACCAGGUGCACUGUUAAAGGUAUCACAUUAGACAAUCGACGAGUCUUCCUUGACUUAGAAACUCCUACUCGUACUUGUAAGGACUUUCUAGAAUNGAGAGAUCCUAAUUUUAGACGUCGAGAUACACCUCUUACAGAAAUAACUGGUUUACAUUUUGUACACCAUUUUGUUCUUGAUUAUAUGCAUCUACAAUGUCUUGGUGUAAUGAGAACAAUGAUCGUUAAAAUGUGGUAUAAAGGAGCAAUUCCUCACAGAUUGUCUGCAACUCAAAUUGAUUUACUAUCAAAUCUUCUUGUUAAAUUUCAAUGUUUUGUUCCUGUGGAGUUUGCAAGAAAACCUAGAGAAUUACACACAGUUCUACGGUGGAAAGCAACGGAAUUCCGAUUUUUUAUCUUGUANAUAGGACCAAUUGUCUUGAAAAAUAUUCUUACUGAAAAAAAGUACAUUCAUUUCUUAGAAUUCCAUUUCGCAAUGCGAAUUUUAUUAAAUCCAAAUCUAUGUAAAAAACAGGAAUUUCGUGAAUAUGCAAAAGCCCUUUUGAAACAUUUUGUCCAGUCGACUGCAAUACUGUAUGAUAAAAAUUUCAUUACCCACAAUUUUCAUAAUAAUAUACAUCUAGUGGACGAUGCAGAUUAUUUUGUGGACAAAUUACAUAAUUNCUCUUUGGAUACGAUAUCUGCAUUUCCAUUUGAAAAUUACAUGCAAACCAUAAAAAGAAAAGUUAGAGGUCGUAAUAAACCUCUAGAACAAAUUGGACGAAGAAUCAGUGAAAUAAUGUCAUUGAAGCAUUUUUAUGAANCAGAAGAAGUGCAAGGCAAUGAAAUUCCGAAAAUUUUUUACCCUCAUAACACUGGUCCAGUGUUGCCUGGUUGUAAGCUCCAGUAUCGUAGCGUUACUCUUUCCAAUUUCAAACUGACNAAUAAAAGCCCUAACAAUUGUUGUGGUACUGCUACCGGAAGUAUUAUCAUCGUUGAAAAUAUAGCUUUUCAGACCGUUUGCAAGGUGCUGUAGUAAUUGGGAGAGAAUUUGUUCGCAAAUGCGAUUUUUAUACUAUUCCUUGUGCUGAGAAAGCUGAGAACGGAAUCAGAGGUNUGGAACUUCAUAAAUAAAAAAAGAAAAAGAAGAGAAUGGAAGGAAGCUAAUAU